AUGAUUCCAAAGUCUAAAGGAAAAAGAUCACGCCCAAUACCCACCUGGACCUCCCAAGAUAAUCCAGCCAUUGCAGAGCUCUUGGCGGCGUACUCCUUCCCACCAAAGCAAAAACUAUCGUUAUCGCCUUCCCUGCUGCGUAGUCGCACAUUUCCUUCAUCUCCAGCUAGCUCUUCUCCACUUGUCCAGGCCGAUAUCGCAGUACAGCCUAGUACUCCAAUAAGAAGCAAUAAGUCAGUGCUUCAAGCAUGCGUUGCUAUUAGAGAUCUACUACCAACAACCGUGCCACCUCUGGUUCUUGUUGAUCAGCUGUAUGCGCAACUGGGGAACGCUAAUGUAGAUCGCGAGCUGGCCCGUUUGUGUCGUCUUGGUGCCGUACGCAAAUUCAAAGUUGGUGCAAUUGGAGAGUUUUGCAUCAUGCUCAGCUGUGAUUAUGCGGAUCAAAUACGUGAAGUUGCCACCAUGCAACAUGGCGGGAUCACCGCAACAGAGGACACGGAUAGCCGCUCUCGGAAGAGGCGUCCAGUAGGCGAAACUGAACCAGAGGGUGAUAAUGCGCCCCCAACAGAGAGGCACGAAAGUGAAAGUAAUCUGUAUGAGCGUUAUAUUCAAUACGUCACCAAAGGGCACUAUGAGACAGUACACGUGUCGAAAGCAGACCUGCAGCGUGAACUAGUUGCGUCAGACGAUGAGAUCAGCACGCUAUUUUCUGCUGGAUUUCUCACGCUUAAAGAUGUGGACGAUUACUGGAUAUCCGUCCGGAACGCAGGGCUAUAUUGGACAAAUUUUAUAAAAGGCCGUCAGGAGUUACUCCAAGCAUUCAAAAGAAGGAGGUACAAUGAAAUCCUGGAAAAGGAAAUAGAAGAAAGACCAUUAAGAUCAUGUGUCCUACCUCCGAAGGUCAUCCUGUUAGAGUUGCUAGGGAAAGGGCUCGUUGAAAGCUUCGAUACACCCACGGGUCGUAUGAUACGCCUGAGGAAGAAGGCAGAUGCCAGAGAUGUCAAAUGGUGAUGACUUCCACCCCAGUUCUUUGCAGCCCGCCAUCAUGGUGCCGGCCCUUCGAGACCGCUUUCACGCCAGCGAACUUAUGGAAGCGCAUGCGGAGGAAAUCUGUUCAUCUUGAUGAAGGACGGAGCAAAGUGCAUCUCGAAGAUGUGACGGUACUCACCACCUUUUGCGGCAGACGUACUCUGUUGGCCUUGCACCAGCAAUGAAACGACUCACCAUCACGUCAUUUUCUAUACUCGGCGGCCUCCUGCUCCUGCAAGUUCACUUGUUUUCUAAAUGGCCUAAUUGGGGUGAUUGAAAAGGUUCUUGCCAGCGAUGGCGAGCUGAUCCUCUUGCACUAAUGAUUCCAAAGUUUCACCGGUCCUCUUGAGUAACUUUCUAAGCCAUGGCGCAAGAGAUCUGAUCGGCGGCCGGGCUAGUUGCUUCAGCUUUGUUCGGGGAUGAGCCGAUGGCACGGUCACCGAAGUUGAUGGAUGUCACCGAUAGCUUUGAAAUGUCGAAAGCGACGGGCUGACUUGCAAAUCAAGAAAAGAUGUGCACCCAUCGCUCGAAUUUUUGCCUUGCAGACUUGGGGCAGAGAGGUGAACACUUAGCUUGCGAUAGUAUUACGGUAGAUCGUAGCGGGAUUCAUAUUAGUGAUAGAUCCGGAUGCUGUUCGAAUGAAUAUAAUGCAGCAUGUCUAUUGUUUUAAUAAGACGUCAGCUAAAUCAUGAGGUGCUUCG